UUUCUGACUUCCAAUUACAUAGAAAAGUGUACUUACAUAUUCAAACAUUGGCAAUAAAUAAAGAAAAAAAUGAAAUUGAGUUCUUUAUGAUUUUUCUUCAACAACAAAACCAACUACAUGGCCUAAAGGCUAAAUCCCAAAACCUCACAAGCAAAUCUUGAAUUUAUUUAUUUUUUUUGGCUCAAUUUUUGCAACAUGACAUGUUUUUAGUACUGUUAGAAACAUAGUGUUGUAAUUUCUUCAACUCCGUCAUCUAUUCUUGAGGUGUUUCAAUAGCCUAAAUCACCCAAUCCACAAGCAAUUCUUGAAAAAAAAACAUUCUCAAUUUUGUCACCAUGGAAUGUUUUUAGUAAUAAUAGAAGUAUAGUGGUCUAAUUUCUGAUUUAUAUUCAUAUUCAUUUUGUAUCCCACAAGCAAAUCUUGGAAUUUUUUCCCCAUGGCAUGUUUUUAGUAUUGGAAGCAUAUUUUUCUCAAUUCUUCAACAACCCCACAAGCAAUUCUUGAAUUUUUUUUGGCACAAAUUUUGUCCACAUGACAUGUUUUUUUGUAAUAGAAGCAUAUGGUACUUCUUGGACUUCUUUUUAUUUUGCUAAAUUGUUGUCCCUCUUGGCAUGUUUUUAGUACUUACAUAGAAGUAUGAUGUGCUAAUUUUGACUUGAUCCAUAAGUACAUAUAUCAAUAUUCGUUCUGAAUCCACUGCCUCUAAAUCCUGAAUUCGCGUCUCAACAUUUGAAAAAUGCCAUUUUCAAGGAAAGCAUUUUCACUGUUUUCAAGUUCCUCAGCCUCUACUUCACCUUCUCAUGAGUCUCCUAAGACUUAUGGAGGUGGAGGAAGACGGCUAACUCGCCUUCGUAAAUUGAGACAUGUUGGUGAUGAUGAGAUUGAUUUGCAACCAAAUAACUUUGGCUCUCAAUCUAUGCCAGUUUCUCCUGAUUCGCAUAAGAAUUCAGUGUCAUCUGAGUCACGAUCCUCGCGGUAUCAGCAGCCUUGUCAUUGGUCUAAAUCUGCGAAGCCUCAGCCUUUGCCCCUACCUGAGUUCAAUUCUGUGCCAAAACAUAGUACUAGUGAUGCCAAUAUGCCUACCAGAGUCCAAGGGGAAGCUUCAAAUCCUGCUGUCAUAGGGGAUCCUUCUCACCAAGCUCCAGUAGAGAUGGCAAAUCCUGUGCGUAGAAGAUCAUCUACUCCUACUUAUCGCCGUCGGCGUUUUAGUCAGGAUCAGAAUUCUGAAGGUGUUGAAGAGACUUUCAGGGUUAAUGUUCCUGCUAGAAGUGCUCCAGGCAGUGGUUUUACAAGUCCGAAUCUUAGCCCAAAACGAUAUAGCACCGUAGACCUAUUCCAUCCUGCAUUUCGUCAAGCAUCCUCACCUUUAGAUGCUUCUUCGAAUAGAUUAGCAGGUUCUUCUAUCCAACUUUCAACCGCAAGGGUUACACAAAGCGCUGAUCAUUCUCCCCUUAGUAGCCCGACUCGACGAAAUCCAGUAAACAGAAUUUGGAAUCACCAAAAUGGUGCUGUCCAUUCACAUCACAAAUCACUCCCUGAAAGUCCUGGGGACUGGCCUGAAGGCAAUAAUGUGCACCCGCUACCCCUUCCACCCGGAGUUUCACAGCAGCCACAAUUACCUACCACCCAUAACAAUACAGAUAAACCAGAUACACCAUAUGUAAAAGGUCAAUGGCAGAAGGGGAAACUCUUAGGACGUGGUACUUAUGGAAGCGUAUAUGAAGCUACUAACCUUGAAACUGGUGCUUUGUGUGCAAUGAAAGAAGUUGAUCUGAAUCCAGAUGAUCCUAAAUCUGCCGAAUGUAUAAAGCAGCUAGAACAGGAAAUAAGAGUUCUCCGUCAGUUAAAGCAUCCAAAUAUUGUUCAGUAUUACGGAAGUGAAAUAAUGGAAGAUAGUUUUUGCAUAUAUCUGGAAUACGUUCAUCCAGGAUCAAUUAAUAAGUUUGUCCGGAAUCAUGGUGGAGCUAUGACAGAGUCAAUAGUCCGAAAUUUUACAAGACAUAUAGUAUCAGGGCUGGCUUACUUGCAUAGCACUAAGACGAUACACAGGGACAUUAAGGGGGCAAAUUUGCUUGUUGACGCAUCGGGAAUUGUCAAGCUUGCAGACUUUGGAUUAGCAAAACAUCUGUCAGGCCAUGCGACUGAGCUAUCUCUGAAAGGGAGUCCACACUGGAUGGCUCCGGAGGUAAUGCAGGCUAUGUUACGGAAAGAUGCCAAUCCAGAGCUUGCCUGUGCUAUUGAUAUAUGGAGUCUAGGUUGUACUGUAAUCGAAAUAUUUACCGGAGAGCCCCCUUGGAGUGGGUUAGAUGGGGUGAAAGCUAUGUUCAGUGCACUAAACAAAUCACCACCUGUACCAGAAACAUUGUCUUCGGAAGGAAAGGAUUUCCUCCGGUGCUGCUUUCAGCGGAAACCUGCUGAUAGGCCAACAGCUCUGAUGCUACUUGAGCAUCCUUUCUUAAGUAAUACUAAUUCGCGUGAACAUAGUGGUACUGGUUCAGGUUGCUCUGAAGAUUUUUCUCGGAUGAAAUUACACAGUCCAAAGGAAUCAACGAGCCAUAAGAUGGAAUUAAAUCUACUUUCACCAGGAAUAUCAUCUAGGCACACAAAAUCUCCAUAUAACGGUGAAGCAAGCCAACAAUCACAUUCUGUAACGUGCGACUACGGAGCAGCUUCUCACCACUCUCCUCGUUCUACACUCGAAAUACUUCCUUGUAUUUCUUCACCGGAGCUGAAUCCUAGUUCGUAAUUUUUCUCCGUGGAACUGAAAAUAGAAGUGCUUUUAUGUUUUCAACUACAGGAGAAUAUAUAUGAAUUUUGUACAUAUAACUUGUGUGUAAGAUCCAUAAAGCAAGGAAAAAAAAUUAUAAUGAACUUUUGUACAUAUUAGAUUAGUUAGAGAAAAGGAGGCAUCAUUUGUUGUUGUGUUUCUGCAUAUUGGAGUUAUGCAGUGGAUUGAUCAUGUGUACAUUGACUAUAUUUUUGUAAAAUUGAUGUUUUUUGAACUA